GGCAAUGGCAUUGAAGCAGCAAAGGGUUUUAAUGGCUAUUUCUUCUCCUUCAACUUCAACCCUUCUUGGGUUUCACUCUCAGAGAAGCCAAGCUGAAACGGAUCGAACGUGAUGUAUGUCAUUUUAGCAUUUUGAUUAAUUGCUUCUGUCGCUUGCAACGUGUGGAUUUUGGGUUUUCUGUCUUGGGGAAAAUCAUUAAGCUUGGUUUUGAACCCAGUGUUAUUGUUUUUUCUACUUUAAUUAACGGGCUUUGUAUUAAGGGUAAAAUUGCUCGUGCUGUGGAAUUUUUUGAUGAGAUGGUGGAAAGAGGCUAUCAACCUAAUCUACAUACUUAUACCACGAUUAUAAAAGGUUUGUGUAAGAUUGGUAAAACCCCUGUUGCUGUUGGAUUGCUCAAGAAAAUGGACAAUGCAGGUUGCCAACCGAAUGUUGUCACAUACAGUACGCUUAUUGAUAGCCUUUGCAAGGAUAGACUAGUCAAAGAGGCUUUAGAUAUCUUCUCUGCAAUGAAAAGUAAAGGGAUUCAACCGAAUGUUGUCACUUACAAUUCCUUGAUGCAUGGUCUAUGCAAUUCAGACCAGCUGGAAGAGGCGUCAGCAUUGUUCAAUGAAAUGAUGAGUUUCAACAUCUUGCCAGAUGUAGUUACCUUCAACAUUUUGGUCGAUACACUUUGCAAAAAGGGCAAGAUUUCAGAGGCUCAAGGAAUAGUCAAGACAAUGAUUGAGAAGGGUGUGGAGCCUAAUACGGUGACUUAUAGUUCGUUGAUGAAUGGAUAUCUUUUGCGAAACAGAGUUUUUGAAGCUAGAAAGGUAUUCGAUGCAAUGAUAACCAGGGGCUGUAUACCUGACGUUCUUAGUUACAACAUCUUAAUCAAUGGAUGCUGUAAGGCCCAGAGGAUAGAUGAGGCAAAACAAAUUUUUGAUGAAAUGAGUUUUCGAACCACUGCUACUUACAACACUCUUAUAAGUGGUUUGUCUCAAGCAGGGAGAAUUUUUGAAGCAAAAGAGCUUUUCAAGAAUAUGCAUGGUCAGGGCUGCAUGCCUAAUGUUCUUAGUUACAACAUCUUAAUCAAUGGAUCUUGUAAGGCCCUGAGGAUAGAUGAGGCAAAACAGCUUUUUGAUGAAAUGAGUUUUCGAGGCUUAAUUCCAAACACUGCCAGUUACAACACUCUUAUAAGUGGCUUGUUUCAAGUUGGGAGGAUUUUGGAAGCAAAAGAGCUUUUCAAGGAUAUGCAUGCCCAGGGCUGCUCCCCAGAUCUAGUAACUUACUCAAUUUUGCUUGAUGGCUUAAGCAAACAAGGUUACCUUGAUCAGGCAUUGGAACUAUUUCGAGAAAUGCAGAAUAAUUACUUGAACCCUGAUUUGGUGAUCUAUAAUAUCUUAAUUGAUGCCAUGUGCAAAUCUGGGAAGCUUGAAGAUGCAAGGGAGCUGUUUUUGAAACUCCAUGUCAAAGGAUUGCUGCCUGAUGUUCGAAGUUGGACUUCAAUUAUCAGCGGACUUUGCAGAGAAGGAUUGCUAGAUGAAGCAUACAAAGCUUUCAGACAAAUGGAAAGGGAUGGCUGCCCACCAGAUUGUUGCUCUUACAAUGUUGUUGUCCGAGGAUUUCUCCAGAACAACAGUGCAUCAAGGGCUGAACAACUUUUUCAGGAAAUGUUUGAUAGAGGAUUCUCUGCAGAUGCCCUGACCAGAACCUUGGCAGCAGAUCUUUUGUCUAAAGACGACAAUCUUGGUUUGAAGAGGUUGCUCGGUGAAUCUGAACAUUGUCAAGGUGAAAAGGAAAUUAUCUCAAGUUCUAUGAUGCCAAAAGAAGUGCCUCUCCUGACAUCAAGAUAAUCCCAAACUGUGAUGGGUCUUCUCAUUCAUUGGAUCACCCAGCUGAUUACUACGAUUUUCAUGUUUUUACAUCUGCCAGCAACCUGUUUUCUAUGACUCAUAAGUUUGAUCGCACAUCCUGCACUUGUCCAAAGGAAGUCUUUUAGCUGCACUCGCUGAUGCCGGGUUCCUCAUUGGUCUAAAAAGGAACAGGUGGAAUCCAGAUGC